AUGUCUAGUUGUACUGAAGAGUCGGAUGAAGAAAUGGAUUUUGUUUUCGAUGAUGAUAAAAGUCUUACAACUUUUCAUAUUAAUAUACCAUAUCAUGUGUAUCAAAAAAUGAAACCAAUCCAAGUUGAAUAUGGAAACGGAAGAAAUACAAGAAAAUAUUCAGUUUUAAAACCAGGCGUUUGGUCGAAUAUAAUAUUUGAUGAAUUUGUAAAAAUACAUAAGUUGCCUUGUUGUUACAUUUUUAAAAGGUGUAAAGUAUAUAUCAGUGAAUCUGCUCAACAUUUUUUAGUUUUUAACGCUACAUGUAAAGAUGAAAAAUGUUAUGCUAAACUUAAAGGUAUAGCUGUUAAGCGCCCUCUCGAAGAUCAACCUUUAAAACUGAUUAUAAAAACUAAGGAUACUAGAGGAGUAAUACAUAAUAUACAUUUAAAAAGAAACUUAAAUGGAGAAAAAAGAUAUAGUGUAGGAGAAAAUCUCCAGCACUUGCGUGCAAAUACUUGGAGAAAAGAUCAAAUAAGAAAAAAAUGUGACUUUGGAGAUAUAAUUCCACCAAACAUUUAUCAGACAAAUGUAUUAAGAAAGGCUAAACAAGAAUUCCGAGAUCAAAAAUUAGGAAUUGUAAUUAAAAAUCCAAUUUUGUCAUUAGUGUAG